UAAUGUCAGUCUGUCUGGAAAAAAUUGUAAAGCUGCAUAGUCAAAUUAUCACAAUGGACAUGUCCCUUGACGAAUACUACGAGCAGUGUAUGGCUCCCAAACUGCAUGAAACUCAUGGUUACGGUCCGUUUCCAUCGCAAGGGCAUUUGCGACGUCACUACCACCGCAUGCACUACUUUGGGUCCGAGUAUCUCCAACAUCGAACUCCUAAGCAGCCUGUCCAUAGAAAUCUGGCCAAGAAAUCCAGUGCUGAAAACGCGGAAUUGGAGAGAUUGUGCGAGGUGUUGAGCAAAAUUUUCGUCGAAAUGCCAGCGAGAGCAUAUCCCUCAUUGGGGAUGAGAUACCAGAAAAAUGAAAAGGCAGCAGGGCCAAAUGAAAAUGAUACCACAAAAUCAACAAAUUGGAAGACAGUCCAACAGGAAAAUAGUACAAACGCAGUACAAGCAAAAGCAUCACCUUGGGCAUAAUUAUGUAAUAAUGCCAAAUUUAAUAAAAGAAGAACCAACCAAUAAUUCGUCCAGUUCGGAAUUUGUC